AUGGCUUCCCUCUCUGGAAUCCUCCAUCGCCCAUUAUCAGCAGCAACUGCUGUUGUUGUAGCUGCUGUGUCCUCGGAUCUCUCUGACAUAUUCUCCCACCCGAAGUCCACAGACUCGGCCUUCUUUCACCCACUGCCCAAGGAGUCGAGUUCUGGUUCUGCAGAGAGCUUGGAUUCGUCGUGGGUUCCCCGUAUCUCCUUCUCUAACCUCUCGUUCAUGUCCAGUACUCAGAAUCCAGUUCGUGAAUUUACAGAUCCCCCGUCAAGUCUGAGCUCAGUUGUCAGACCCAAGUCUCUUUUCACCUCAUCUUCCUGGCCAUCUGCUUCUCCCCACCCUCUUCCUAACCUUCAUCAAUACACCAAUUUAUCCAGGACACAGGCCAUCAGAAUCAUCUCCACGAACCCUUCUUCUCCUUCUUCUUCUUCCUCGGAGGAAGUCUCCUACCGCUGGCACCUCCCAGACCCUGGUAAUCAAGGAGAAUCCGGACGUCUCGAUUGCCCCACAAUCCGAUCGCAGACGGUGGUCGUUCUGCUGGGUUGGUUGGGGGCCAAGCAAAAGCAUCUCAAGAAAUAUGCAGAUUGGUACACUUCGAGGGGGUUCCAUGUGGUCACCUUCACCCUUCCAAUGGCGGAUAUCCUGAGCUACAAGGUCGGGGAGAAAGCUGAACGAGAUAUUGCCAUGCUUGCGAGGCAUCUCACUGAUUGUGUGGGGGAGGAUCAUGGGAAGAACCUGAUCUUUCACACGUUUAGCAAUACGGGCUGGAUGAUGUGAGAACUGCCUGCAGUUUCCCCUUAGCUCCUGAGAAUUCUGAUUUAAGUGUUCCGAGAUCAGGGUGCCCCUGGUUUUUGUUGCAGGUAUGGGGUCAUCCUCGAGAAUUUUCAGAAACAGGAUCCCUCGUUGAUGGAGAAGAUCAAGUGUUGCGUCGUGGAUUCGGCCCCCGUUGCGGCUCCCGAUCCUCAGGUAAACCUCGAUCAUCCGCUUGAGAAUCUUCUCAUUCGAUCGCCUCCUCUCAGGUCCUUCAUCUCCCCUCAGGUCUGGGCCUCCGGUUUCUCCGCUGCGAUCUUGAAGAAGCAGAGCUCCUCCUCGAAAGCCACGGCGGCGCCCGGGAAGAGCGGCUCAUCGCCGGAGCCGUCCGUCGACGAUCCUCCGUUCCUGGCCGAAGUCGUUCUGCUGGAGAUCUUGGAGAGGGUCUUCAAGGUCGUUCUGAAUCUUCCUCCCGUGAACAGGUAAACAGGCCUCCGAUGACCUUCUUCCGAUCGAAUUCUUCGUAUUUUUUUUGAAGGGUGGGGGGAAAUCUCAAGAAAAUAAUCGAUCUUGUUCUUGGAUCAGGAGGCUGGCCGACGUGUUCGAGGUGCUGUCGUCGAGGCAGCCGAGAUGCCCGCAGCUGUACGUGUACAGCUCCUCAGACAGGGUCAUCCCAGCGAGUUCGGUGGAGUCGUUUAUGGAGGCGCAGAAGAAGGCCGGACACGAGGUGAGGGCCCACAACUUCGUCUCCUCCCCCCACGUUGACCACUUCAGGACCCACCCUUCUCUCUACACCUCUCACCUCACCGCCUUCCUCGAUGACUGUGUCCUCACCUCUGCCGUACCGUCUUCAUAA